CGUUGCCGUCGUCGUUAUUAUUAUUUAUUGUUAUAGUCCGGCUGCCAGCCAGACGCGUCAAACAACAAAAAGGCUGUUUCGUCUAAUUGGCCAUGAGAUGAGUCAUCUUCUUUCUCUCUCUACCCUUGCUACCAACAGAUUUACCGUCUCCUCCUCUUCCGCCGCCGCCUACACGGUCCUUUCUAUUCGAUCUCCUUUUCCUAACUCAUCCUCCUCCUCCGCUUAUCGCCUUGCUUUUCAAUCCAAGGCCAUGACCGAAGGAGGAGGAUCAUCGUCCAAGUCGCAGGAGACCACCGUUAUCAAACCACAAGUCGAAGAGAAAUUGCCUCCUCCUCCUCCGGAGAAGCCGUUGCCGGGAGAUUGCUGCGGAAACGGAUGCGAACCUUGCGUUUGGGAUAUCUAUUACGAAGAGCUCGCCGAUUACAACAAAUUGCUCGACGAAGAGAAAACUAAAAGCAAAAAUACAACCAGUUGACUUCCUGCGAAAUCGGAUCCCCUUACCCUCGCUCGGUAAAACUUUGGAUAUGUAAAUCAUCAUUUGAUUCAUUAUGCAAACAUUAUUCUAUAAACUGAUCGUUUCUCCUUAUUAGAUUUCUCAUCUGUCA